GCGCCUGUCUUCUCGGCUCGGAACCGCGGCACGUCCUGCGCUGGUUCCCCCUCGCCGGUGUGGGCCUCGCGAGGCCCUCCUGAGACGCCGCCGCCGGGGCGCCAGGCGCCCGCUGCGUGGCUUCCCCGAACCCAGCCGCUGAUUCGGGCUGCACAGUGAAUCGGCUGUAGUAGGCUGAGCGUCUAGCGAACGCCGGGGUGCAGACAGCCGCGAGCGUCGUGCGGGCGAGGAAGCUCCCCUGGGGAGGCGAACCUGAGCCGAGGGAGGCUUCUGCCUCGCGUUGAGGGUCCGAGAGGCCCGGGUGGCCGGAGCAGAGCGCGCGCAGGGGCCCCGACGGCGCGGGCCUUGUGGGUCAGGGCCAGGAUUGGGGGCUCCCCGGAGCCGGCCGGGAAGCCCCGCGGAGGGUGUUAAGUGUGGCGGCGGCGGUGGCCGUGACGGUCUGCUCAGAGACCCGGCUCUGAGACGGGUUGUUGGGGUGCAAAGUUCCUUCGCCCGGCACCAGCUCUGGGCCAGGCCGUGUGCCAGCCGCUGCUGGGGCUCCAGGAGGCCGCGCGGGGGCAGGGAAGCCGGCUGAGGCGCACUGGUCCUGCGCAUUCGGGCUAGGGGUAGGGAAGGCGAACGUACGAAUUAUUCGGAACAGCGGCUGUCAAGCUUCUUGACUGUGACCCUGCUGUAACAAAUAGAUUCCGUGUCACCACCAAAUAAGUGUCCACCCAGCACCUAAAGCUUUAGAAAACAGUGCUUGUCCUCACUACUCAGGACGUAGCAGUCGGACAUCCUAUCAGUUCUGUUCUUUUCACUUAAGAAAAGGAGUGCCGGUUGAGACCUUCUCAGUUAAUUUCUUAACCCAUUUUGAACUUUGAAAAAAAAAAAAGGCGGAUUUGCAGAGUCCUUUCUAGUAGUGAUAAAAUAGCUCUUAGUGUUCUUGGAAAGGGGCUGGGCUUCCUUUCUGCGCUCUUUGAGUGUUUAAAAUUGAAAGUGUGGACAGAGGGAAACCGGAGGCCGAGUUUUCUGGGGACUUGUGAUGUCUUACUGGGUUGUCUGGCGACACUGGAAGCAGCGGGAGGGCAUUAACUGCUACUUGCUGGGUGUUUCUUCUGGGGCCCAGUGCAGGCGCUCAGGGAGUAGGCGUUGGGUUGAGUAGGUGGGUCUCCUAGGGCUGGGAGACUAGGUAAUUGAUGGGUUUGAAUCAGUUCCACUGCAGCCAUUGGUCGAGGCAGAGGCCGCUUGUGCCUGCGGGGGUUUAGCAGCGUCUGCCCGUCCCCACGGCAGGACAGAGGCAGGUGAAGGAGGUGUAGGUGUUCUAGCGCUUUCUCUUCCCUGUACCGUCCUAGGUCAGCCCUGCCUCCCGAUCCGUCCUGGAGGAAUGCGGGCCCUUCAGGAGGUUGUCUCACUCCUUGGAGUUCGGGUUUUUAAUGAGUGAAAGAAGGGAUCUGGGGUUGAAAAGCUUCCACUCCGUCAGCCUUUUGUGAAUUUUAGGUGCUGACGGGAACUCCGUGUGUCCUUGACUUAAUCCUUCUCAAACCCUCUGGGACUCCGGCGACAGGUUUGAGGCAGGAUUAUAGUUUAAGAUGAUUCAGGAGUAUUUGAGGAUGAACCAUCCAGGCUUUUUCUACCCUCAUCCUCUGUUGUAAGAGAGAUGGGGAGUAGAUCCAAGUGGACAGCAGAAAGGACGCUGGCCUGCAGGGGGUACAUGGUUGCUGACUGGGGUCCUUAAGUGCCCUGGAACAUUCCACUUUUCGUUAGCUGGUGUCUCGCUAGCUGUCAACUGUUCCGGAGCACAAGAGGGAAGGGGUUCCUUUCGGUCACCCGCCGCUGGCCCAAUGGCUGCCAUGCAGAUGGAUCCCGAGUUAGCCAAGUGCCUCUUCUUUGAAGGGGCCACUGUGGUCAUCCUGAACAUGCCCAAGGGGACAGAGUUUGGCAUUGACUACAACUCCUGGGAGGUGGGGCCCAAGUUCCGGGGCGUGAAGAUGAUCCCACCGGGCAUCCACUUCCUACACUACAGCGCUGUGGACAAGGCCAAUCCCAGGGAGGUGGGCCCUCGUAUGGGCUUCUUCCUCAGCCUGCAGCAGCGGGGGCUGACUGUGCUGCGCUGGAACACAGUCCGGGAAGAGGUGGACCUGUGCCCAGCCCCAGAGGCCGAAGUGGAAGCCAUGAGGGCCAAUCUCCAAGAGCUGGACCAGUUCCUGGGACCUUACCCCUAUGCCACACUGAAGAAGUGGAUCUCACUCACCUCCUUCAUCAGUGAGGCCACCGUGGAGAGGCUGCAGCCUGAGAGCCGGCAGAUCUGUGCCUUCUCAGACGUGCUGCCUGUGCUCGCCAUGAAGCACACCAAGGACCGGGUGGGCCAGAAUCUGCCCCAGUGUGGCACAGAGUGUAAAAGCUACCAGGAGGGCCUGGCCCGGCUGCCCGAGAUGAAGCCCAGAGCCGGGACAGAGAUCCGCUUCUCAGAGCUGCCCACGCAGAUGUUCCCGGCAGGGGCCACGCCGGCAGAGAUAACCAGGCACAGCAUGGACCUGAGCUAUGCCCUGGAGAUGGUGCUCGGCAGGCAGUUCCCCGGCAGCCCCCAGGACGUGCUUGGUGAACUCCAGUUUGCCUUUGUGUGCUUCCUGCUGGGGAAUGUGUACGAGGCAUUCGAGCACUGGAAGCGGCUCCUGAACCUCCUGUGCCGGUCAGAGGCAGCCAUGGUGAAGCACCACGCCCUCUACGUCAACCUCAUCUCCAUCCUGUACCACCAGCUCGGCGAGAUCCCUGCCGACUUCUUUGUGGACAUCGUCUCCCAGGACAACUUCCUCACCAGCACCCUGCAGGUUUUCUUUUCCUCUGCCUGUAGCACUGCUGUGGAUGCCACCCUGAGAAAGAAGGCAGAGAAGUUCCAGGCUCACUUGACCAAGAAGUUCCGCUGGGACUUUGCUGCGGAGCCUGAAGACUGUGCUCCGGUGGUGGUGGAGCUCCCUGAGGGCACCAGCACCGGCUGACCAGGGGCGCUGGCGCCGGGCACGCCCGUUCCCGCGUGGCUGCAGCCCUGGCCUCUCCACUCGCCCCUUCCUGUCCUUGGAACAGCCAGGGCAGUGCUCCUGCCGGUCUGCAGAGAUGGAGCCAGUUCCCUCCGUCACCAAUAAAUAAGUUCCUUCCUUGCCAAGGAGUC